AUGCCGCCUUCGCCCUCGUUAGAGGCGUUAGAGGGGUUCAUCAAGCGGCAGCAGCACCUGCUCAAGCUGGAGAGAGAGGCAGAGGAGGUGCAGACUCGACUGCUCAACAGCAAAUGCAGCCCAAAGUUGCUGGAAAAGAAGGGAUUGGCGCUGGGCAGCUUGGGCGUUUCCGGAAUCAGCAUUGGUCUCGGGGGUAAAACGUUGGUAGAGCUAUGCCGACCCAUCGCGUACAAUGUGGACGUCCUGCUUCCCCCGCACACGUUUCGCCAAGGCGAUCCGGUCCGGAUAGAAGGUGUCGGCAAGGCGGAUCAAGGCGUCGACGGGACGGUCUACCGGGUCACGACCGAGCGCAUCAUCGUGGCGACCGAAGGCCAGGCGGAGCUCGUGGAGCGGUUGCGUCUGGUCAAACUCGCCAACUCGGCGACGUAUGACCGGAUGGACAAGACCAUGGUCGGCCUCGGCAAGCUGCUCGAGGUUGCGCCGCCGCAUGUCGAGGUUUUGCUGGGAAAGAAGAAGCCAGAAUUCGAGGAGGCGUACAUGAAGGAAUGGUUUACGGAUCUGAACGAUAGUCAGAAGGGUGCCAUCACCCAUUGCUUGAGUGCCACCGAGGUAGCGGCUAUUCAUGGACCCCCCGGAACAGGUGAGUCACUCUCCAGCCGAGCUGAUAUAGGCAAAACCCAUACCCUCGUCGAGCUCAUUUACCAACUCCUUUCCGCCGAACCUCACCACAAAAUCCUUAUUUCCACCCCUUCCAACCUCGCCCUCGACAACAUCCUUGCCCGCCUGUGGCAGCUCUCCGCCGACCCUCCCUACUCCAGACUCCUCCCCCGAUCCUGCAUCGUCCGUCUCGGCCACCCCACCCGUGUCCAGGCCGACCUUAUCCCCGCCACGCUAGACUACCAAGCCAAACACGGUGACGACGGGACACUGAUCCAGGACAUCUCCAACGAGAUCAAUUCGCACCUCUCGGAGCUGGCCAAGCGCCGAGGGGAACGCGGGGCGGUCAAAGGCAAGGACAGGGGGAAGCGCUGGGAAGAAGUCAAAGAGCUCCGCCGGGAAUACCGCCAACGCGAAGGCAAGGUCGUCUCGAAUGUCAUUGACCGCGCCAGGGUUGUGCUCGCCACCUGCCAUUCGGCCGGAGCGCGCCAACUCAACGACGUCACGUUUGACGUGUGCAUCAUUGACGAGGCGACCCAAGCCAUCGAGGCGGUCUGCUGGGUCCCUAUCCUCAAGUCCAAAAAACUCGUCAUUGCCGGAGACCCCAAACAACUCCCUCCAACCAUCAUGUCCAAAGCCGACGCGGUCAAGGCUUCCCCCUUCCUCCACAAGUCCCUCGAGACCACCCUCUUUGACCGGAUCGAAACCAUGCACCCGAAAAUCAAGCGCGUCUUGACCACCCAAUAUCGGAUGCACAAGGAUAUCGCCACCUUCCCCUCGGAAACUCUCUACGAGUCGGAGCUUAUCUCGGACCCGUCCGUCGCGGAGCGCACUCUAGCCGACCUGGUCGGGGAUGGGACGAGCGACGAUCCGGAUCUGACCGCCACCGUCAUUUUUUACGAUACCAACACGUGCCGGAUGCACGAUAUGGUCGAGGAGGGAGAGUCCACGUCCAAUCCUCAGGAGGCGGAGAUUGUCGUCAAGUGGGCAAAGAACCUCGUCGAGCUCGGAAUAGAGCCAAAAGACAUUGCUAUUGUCACACCGUACCAGGCGCAAGUUGCGGAAAUCAGGGGGAAACUCAACUUUCCAGAAAUGAUGAUCGGGUCGGUGGACGGGUUGCAGGGACAAGAGAGGGAAGCGGUCAUUCUGAGUCUGGUUAGGUCCAAUACCAAGGGGGAGGUCGGGUUCCUGAGCGAGUACAGGCGGUUGAAUGUCGCUAUGACGCGGGCGAAACGGCAGUUAUGUGUCGUGGGGGAUUCAUCGACCGUCAGGAAGGGGAGUGCGUAUCUGGAAGCGUGGAUAAAGUACCUGGAGGACGGGCCGGGAGAGGUGCGCUUUGCGGGGGAUAUGUCAUAG